AUGGAAGACUAUUUAAGAACCGAUGCUAUGCUAAUGGAAAUAUUGCAAGAGCGUAAGACAAUCACAGGAUUUUUGGACGCAGUUUUUGGCUUUCUGCGGCGGAACACCGAUUUCUAUCACACGAAAAAAGAUGCAGAUGAGAAGAUUGGCUUUCCAAAAGGUAUGCGGGAUAAAAUAUUAUAUGGUGCCAUGCAGCGCUACGACCCCGACUGUUGGUUACAAACCAUGGCCACGAACGACAGACCAAAUUUUGUGCCGCCAGCUAUAGAGGAGGUUACUCUGGAGACUGAACAGCCCCAAUUUUCAAUGCCUACAUCUAGUAAGGAUUCGGCUGAGAGUAAACCUAGUUUUUUAGCUAGCGACUAUAAAAAUGGAGCCGUUUUCGGUCGACACUGUUGGUCACAAUCAUUAAAGGAACUAGAGGUGCAGUUGCAUUUGCCGAAAGACUUGCAGAACUCCAAACAAUUAUGCGUCGACAUAAAAGCCCAGCACAUUAAAAUUAGUAGUAAGAAAAUCCCACAGCAAAUGGUCCUAGAGGGCAAGCUCAGUCAGCGCGUUAAGCACAACGAUGCCGUGUGGACGAUAGAUAAUGGCAGACUGCUCAUAAGUUGUGACAAAUCGAAAGAGUGCUGGUGGGACAAACUGUUUGAGGGCGAUGAGGAAAUCGAUGUGACGAAGCUGGACUGUGAACGUAAUGUGGAUGAAUUGCCCCAGUGCUCACAAUCGGCUAUUGAGAAACUGCGUGUACAACAAAUUGCAGCGGAUGAGGAACACAGAAUACGUCCCGAGGCAGACCCCGAGCAGGCUAAAACAUUGGAACGUCUACGACAAGCGUGGGAUGUUGAAGGCUCACCAUUUAAGGGUCAACCAUUUGAUCCUGCGGUGGUACGAAUGAGUUAGAUUUUUAUUUUACACAUGUGAGCGUACAAAAAAUAAAAUGUGUGCUUAUAAAAAUGAA